GGAGACUGGCAGUCGGGAAAUACAGUCAGUUGGCCGCGAGCUUUCGCGCGUAAGGACGUGCGGGGUGGCAGUUUUUGUCCCUUCUCGGUGUACGCGGAAAACUUUACGUCGAUCGUGUGAUUAUUGUAUUGUGUGUGACGAUUUUUUUCUUUUUAUUUUUCUACGCCUUUGUGUGUGUAUUUUAUUUUUGUGUGAUUGGUGGAGAUAUUGUUUCGGAGAAGUAGUAUCAGCCAGAUGAGCGGUCCAGCGUGACCCGGGGCAUCAACACGAUGCACCAAUGCUCGCUCUUCAUACUCGUCCUCCUGUGCGUCUCCGUCAAAGAUAUAUCCGGUAGCUGGGAAGAAUGGUGGACGUACGAUGGCAUAUCAGGACCCGGAUUCUGGGGUCUGAUAAACCCACAAUGGAGCAUGUGCAACAAGGGCCGACGACAGAGUCCAGUCAACAUAGAACCCGACAAGUUGCUGUUCGACCCCUGGCUGAGGGACAUACAGUUUGACAAACACAAGGUCAGCGGAGUCUUACAAAACACGGGACAAUCUCUGGUCUUCAGGGUGGAGAAGGACUCAAAGCAUCAGGUUAACAUCAGUGGCGGACCUCUCUCCUAUCGCUACCAGUUCGAAGAAAUCUACUUCCAUUAUGGAAUGGAGGACAACCGAGGUUCCGAACACCAGAUCGACCAUCACACCUUCCCUGGCGAAAUCCAACUUUAUGGCUUCAAUAAAGAACUUUACCAUAACAUGUCGGAGGCACAGCAUAAGUCUCAAGGAAUUGUCGGCAUAUCUCUAAUGGUACAGGUUGGCGAACCAAUCAACACUGAUUUUCGAUUGAUAACCAGUGCAUUCAACAAAGUUACUUAUCGAGGUGCUUCAUUCCCCAUAAAACACCUACCACUAAGUUCCCUGCUACCCAACACACAACAAUACCUGACUUACGAAGGCUCUACAACGCACCCUGGGUGCUGGGAGACAGCAGUCUGGAUAAUUUUCAACAAACCUAUUUAUAUUUCUAAGCAAGAGAUGUAUGCCCUCCGUCAACUGAUGCAAGGAUCCCAGUUGACCCCGAAAGCACCGCUAGGCAACAACGCGCGUCCUGUGCAGCCACUACACCACCGAACAGUCAGGACCAAUAUUAACUUCAAUAAACAAGGACUGCAGGGUUCAAGCAAUUGUCCAGAUAUGUACCGAAAUAUGCAUUAUACAGAGGGAUCAGACAGCCUAUUGUCCUUUCCUACUGAAACAAUAGCCAAUGUUACAACAACGACUAGCUCUACAACGCCAUCUACAAGUUCAGUUUAUAUAACAAGCGAAGGGCAAUGACCUCAGCAACCCAAUGGCCGAAGGAGCACAGCUUGCGGUACCGAAGCGUUGACGACCUAUCUCUAACACACAAUUAAAUUCUAUAUAACUCCUUAUAUACACAUUAUAUAUUAUCUCUAUAUAUUUGUACCUAGACGAGGGCAAAUCCAUAUACGAACUCAAUGUCCUACUUUUAUAUAGAUUUAUAUCAUUUUGGACAAAGUUACAUAAUGUAUUCAUAUGGAUAAUAAUGAAACACAUUUUCAAUUUAAUACUAGAGCUCCGUUUAAUUUCGACACUAUUUUGUAUAUUCAUUACAGUUUCAUUAAAGUCAAAUUAUUAUUAAUUAAGUCAAUUUCUAUUCGUUUGUAUACUAAACAAAACGCUUAGUUUGUUACAAUUAUAAAUUAUAUAAACAAAAAAAUACUAUUGCUUUUAUAAUUAAAAAAUAUAUCGUAAAGCCCUUAAGGCAAUUUUUUGCUCAUGUAAAUAAAAACACACUGCAUAUACAGCGCACAGUCGGUUCGUUUAAAUAUAUAGGUAUAGUGAAAUAUGACUCGUAUAAAAUUCUGUGCAAUUAUUAUCUUGAUUAGGCAAAGUUGUAAUGAGGCAGUCAAGGCGUCUCGGUUGCUUUAGAUUAAGUAAAUAUACUUAUCACAACUGUAACAUUGCUACUUAGAAAUGUAUGAAGUAACCUUGUAUUUAACGUAACUAGAAAAUAGAGACUUAUCUCAAGAUCAUAAAGUCUCAUAUUGUUUUGAAAGCAGAGUCAAAUAUAUCUAAUCUUAAUAGUCAAAGUCAAAGAUUGAAUAAAAACAAAGAAAAUAUGUAAAAUUAGAUCUAAAAUAAUAAUUAUAAACCGUCAAUUGUGUAGACAAUAUCAGCGAUACCUACUUACUGUUAAAAUUAAGCAACAAAAUAUACAAAAUUAAACAAAUGCUUCAUACUACUUCUUAAUCUUGUACUAUAAAUACGUAGACAUUACAUUAUAUAGUGUAGAAAUUAUAAAUGUAUAUAGGAAUGUAUAUACAAAAUGAAUUCCAAUUUAUAAUUAAAAAAAGUAUCAUAAAUUCGUCCACACUUUUAAGUGUAAUUAUCGCAAUAUACGAAUGUAAGGCUUGUACUUGGUAGGUAUAUGCGAUAUUAAAAUGAAAAUAUAAAUUUAAUCACAAUACCAAUUUAUAUUAUAAUAUAAAACAGUAGAAACGUGUUUUAAAUUCUGCGGGUUAUAUAUAAAAAUACCAAUAAUAAAACCCACAAUAGUCUGCAUCAUUUUUGAUAAUACAUUAUAUAAUAAAUAAAUGACUUUGGUUCGCUUUACAUGUAAAAUAAUAUAUUAAAAAGGGCUUAUGAUUAGAUUGGUAUAUAAAUAAAAAUUGUAGAAAUAGAAUUUGAAAAAAUAAUUAUCGUAUCGUAAUCAAAUAUGAUGUCUAUAUCAAAACUCCGGUUAAUGUGAAGCUAAAGUUAGGUAAUAAAUAAAAAUGUGUUUUGUUAAAAUUUUUGGUAAAGAAUAUAUAAAUAGCUAUACGAUUAUUGUAAGUACCUAACUGUAAUGUACCUAUGGAAUUAAAUGUAGUAGUUAGAUGCCUGUGUUGUCUUUAUGAGUUCAAUAAUAAAAUGUUUAACAUA